CACGAAAAAAGUUUGACCAAUCAUUUCGCUGGGAGCUCACAACACAGCAGCCCAACUGUACUUUGUUGGCUGGGAAGUUGGAGAAGGGGGUCGAGUACAAAUCUAGAUCUGUCCUAUAUAUUUUUUUCCCUUCACUGAACCGUGCUUUGUAUGAUGUCUGAGAAUGUCCAUUUCUGGGACUCUUAGCAAUUAUUAUGUCGACUCCAUUAUAAGUCAUGAGAGCGAAGACUCGCCUUCAGCUAAAUUUUCGUCUGGGCAAUAUUCGAGUUCCAGGCAAGCUGGGCACAAUGAGCAUCUAGAAUUCCCCUCCUGUAGUUUUCAGCCAAAACCUCCAGUUUUCAGCGCCUCCUGGACUCCUUUGAAUCCACAUUCUUCUGGUACCCUUCCUGCCGUCUACCAUCCAUAUAUUCAACAUCAAAGCGUCCCAUCUGAGAGCAGGUACCUCCGGAGCUGGCUGGAUCCAGUACCCAGGGCAGAGAACCUCCCCGGGCAGGGAUCUGUUAAGGCAGAGCCGCUGCUGGGCCGUCCCGGGGAUGUCCAUAAACAGGGAACACAGGAGUACAAUUUAGAAACUUCUGCUGCAAGGGAAGGGAUCGUUUCCAAUCAAAGGCCCAGCUUCGAGGACAAUAAAGUUUGUGAAGGAAGCGAAGACAAAGACAGGACAGAUCAAACCAACCCAGCUGCCAGCUGGCUGCACGCCCGCUCCUCCCGGAAAAAACGAUGCCCUUACACCAAAUACCAGACCCUGGAACUAGAGAAGGAGUUUUUAUUCAAUAUGUACCUGACGAGGGACCGUAGACACGAAGUGGCCAGACUCCUCAACCUGAGUGAGAGACAAGUCAAAAUCUGGUUUCAGAACCGAAGGAUGAAAAUGAAGAAAAUGAACAAGGAGCAGGGCAAGGAAUGAAAAAAAGCAGAAAAGCAGCACCCCCCCAAGCCCCUUUCCCCCUGUCCCAGGUUCCGAGGCAGCUCAACCCCCCCUGUAGCGCUGCCGAAUCCCCCCGAAACGAGGGAGAACCCCCCCCUCCCCGUUUUUCCCCAUCUCCGCCUUUGCAUGCGAGAUGUCGCUUAUUAUUCUUUCUUUCUUUUUAUUUUUUUUUUAAACCUUCUUAGUGCUGCCACUUAGGAGGCAACUUAGCCAGAACUGCAGCUCCUUUUUGGGGACACACGCUGGGUUUUGUUUCUCUUUUCUUGUUUACUUUUUCUCUUUUUUAUUUCUUUUUCCCCCCCUCCUCUCUUUUCCUCUCCCCGCGGUGUUAACACAGCACAGGCUCCCGUUGGAGCAGCAGCUUUCCCUGCUCGCGUUUUCUCCAUGGAAAACACACAAAAAACCCACCCACCCCGGCCCAAACCCCCAGCAAACCUCGCCGUCUUUCUUUCCCCACGGGAGGACAAUGAUUCCCUGGAAAACACGCGCUCACACGCACUCACGAGAGCUCACACUCACACGAGGAGGUGGCCGAGCAACCAGACGAUUUAAUUAAACCUCUCGCAAGACAGACACAUUCGUAAGACUCGCGUUUAAUUGCGCCCAACAAAUCAUUUGCAAUUCGCCAACUUUAUCCCGGGGUAGCCGGUUCAUGACAGCCCCAACUCCCUACUGGGGUUUCCCCCCCUUCCCCUCCUCCGCCCUCUCCCCCCUCCUCUCCCCUCCCCGUUAUUUUUUACUUUUUUUAGCUCGUUUUAUUCUGCGGGAUUUUUAUUCCAAUUCGUGCUGUGGCAGAAAUGUGACUUUGACCUGAAAGUUUAGUGGGAUCUUUGCAGGCAAAACCUCCUCAUCUGGUAGUUUUAUACUGGGGCACUUGGAAGAAGAGAAAAGCCGGGGAGGGAGGCGAGAAGAGAGUGUGCGGGGGGCACUCUCAGAGCCGCAUUGUAAAUUAUUGAGGAGAAAAAGGGGCGGAAGAACCCCUGCCAACUUAUCCCUAACUUUUUAGAGAAGAGGAAGAAUGGGAUUUUUUUUCUAGUUUAAAAAAAAAAACUACCUUAGUAGAGCUAUCAGGGAGGGGAAGGUUGUGUUCUUAGCGCUAGAUAUUUAUAAUUUAUUGUGAAUUGACUUUUCCUAAAGCAGUAGGGCUGUUGCAGAGAUAAAGUGCCAACCCCAGCCUGUGUGUUAUUCCUUCCCCCUCCCGUUCGCUGAGAGUCGCUUUUAAUACUUGGAUGUCGCGGGGCUUUUGCUGGGGUUGGGGUUGUUGGGGUUUUUUUUGAGCUCCCGGAGUGUUUUCCCGCUGCCACCCGCUCCCCUCCGGGCCCCGAGGAAGGAACCUCGGCCCACGGGUGGCACCGGGGGAUGCGGCGGCUCCUCCGGCCGCCUCCCCCCCUCCCUAAUCCUCAUCCUGAGCCCGAAGAGUCACAAAUCUGGACCUCGCCGGGCUCGUGUCCUGCGGCCGGAGCCGAUUUCCCGCCUGCCAGAGCCGCUGCAGGUCCCUCCGGGCGGGACUUGGGUCCCCUUUAUCUCUGUAAGACUUAACUUUGUUUUGGGAAGGGAGGGGGGUGGGAGGGAGGGCCGGGGUUCGGGGGGGUUAGUUCCAGUCGAUGCUAUGGUGGGUAUUGUAAACCGUGUUCGUGGUUGUGUUUCUGUGAAUGUUGAAGCUCGUUUUUCUGUUUCUACUGUGGCUUUUUGAAGUAUGCGAAGAGUUCUGCAGUUGAUAGUGGACGGAAAAAAAUAUCGAAAUAAACCUCUGUCGUUUUCUUCGUGUGCAAAUUUUGUAUAUUUAGCUGCCAGGAGGCUUUCUAGGAACAAGGCGAGUGUGAGGUGGCUUGUUUUAAUAGGGCGGAGAGGGGGAAAAAUAGAGAAAAAACAUUUUUUUCUGCCGUGUAUCUGAAGGAACCAGCGCAAAUCUGUUUGCAGGAGUGACUUGUGUAUCCUUAGAGUCAGGUUUGGCGAGACCACUUUUAUCUGCUGAGCAGAGGUUGCUCUGGGAAGCAGCGAUAGGCAGAUUGGCGGUUUUUUUGGAAAGUGUUCCUGCUUUUUUUUUUUCUUUUUCCCCCCUCCCUCCGCGAUCCAGAGAUAAGAAUCGAGUAGCUGCGCCUCUGAAAUUUCCACCGCUUCAAAUCCUCUUAACGGGGGUAAAAAAGAAAAAAAAAACAACAAAACAAAACCUUCCCCUCGACAAGAAACCAGAGCUUAAGUGUUUAAGACCAUUCCUCAGAAAGUUGGUUGGGUUUUAGUGUGGUUUUGUUUUUUUUUUUAAUGCCCAGACUUUCUCGUGUAAAACUUUCCAUGGUGAAGUGGCUCCUUGGGGGCUUCAAAAUUUAACUGUUCUCUUGCCGGAGGGAGUUCAAGGGAACCAAACUUCGCUCCGCGGCUCGAAACUAAAUUAAGAAAAGCUGUUUCGGAGACAUUUUGAGCCGCGGAGUUGGUGGCAGCAGGAUCGUUUCCCUAAAUGGGGAUUUAU